AUGGCGCACCUCAUUACAGGCAACAAAUUUGAGCCAAACAAAGACAUCCCCGAUUUGGGUGGGAAGGCACGUCUCAAGAUGUUGGACGUCUUUAUUGUGACAGGCGGAACGUCUGGUAUUGGACUUGGCAUCUCAGCUCACCUUUUGCAACACAGUGCCGCGAAGAUAAUUCUCGUUUCGCAAAAGGAGGAACAUGCAGCAGAGGCACAAGAGGCUCUAGAAAAAUUCGGGGACAUCAAUAAGCUUGAAUGGAUACAAUGUGACUUCAAAGAUUUGAAGUGGACGGUACAGGUCGCCGAGAAGCUAAAGGAAGAGAAGCAAAUUGAUGCUAAAACGCCUCACUCCCGCCUGAUCCACCAAUCCUCCGACCUCCACCGCGCCCCUCUCUCUUCUGUCACAUUCACUUCCAUCUCGGAGAUCAACACAGACAUUGGUCCUAUGAAUCUCUACUCUCGCACAAAAUUGGCUCAGAUCCUCUUCAUCCGCGCCCUAGCCAGGCGCAUCACAUCGAAUGCCCCGGGCUUUCAGGCUUCCCUCAAGGCGGAAGGACCGUGGGUCAUCGCGACACAUCCUGGCGGCGUGAGCACCGAUCAGCAAGACCAGGCUGUGGACGCUUAUGGGACAAAGGGCAAAAUUGGAGUCAAGGCUGUGAGACCAUUUCUGAAAGAUCCAAUUGAUGAGGGAUGUAGGAGCGCGUUGUUUGCGGCUACGAGCGAGGAUGUGGCGAAGGAGAGACUGCAGGGCGUGUAUAUUGUGCCAGAUCGGAAGGUUACGGAGCCGAGCAAGCAGGCACAGGGUGAGGAGCUGGGGGAGAAUCUGUGGAAGUUGUGUAGGGAGAUUCUGAAGGAGAAGGUCGAGGUCGAGGUGCCUGAGUAG